AUGGUUGAGAAGGGGUGUGAGAGGUGCAGGGAGUGGCAGGAGCACUACUACUGGGAGCACAUGGAUGUGAGCAAGAUCCGCUUCUUCAAGCGCAUGACAGGAGAUUUUGCUCAUCGCAUUAGCAUACCGGAGAUUGUGAAGAAAUUCAAUGGACAGAUCGCUGAAGGUGUUGACAUGAAAACACCCAGUGGUGAAACAUGGCAUGUUGGUGUAGCCAAGAAUGAGGAUGAGCUAUUCUUCGUGUCUGGAUGGGAGGAUUUUGUCAAGGCUCAUGAACUGAAGGAGAAUGACCUCCUUCUCUUCACAUGCAGAGGCAGCUCUUCCUUUGAGGUGGUCAUCUUUGAAGGGGGUGGUUGUGAGAAAGUGUCUUCUCUUCUUGGCAACAGAUUUGGUCCUAAUAUGUGGAGGCAUUUCAACAAUAUGGAGGACAAGGAAGCUGAGUGUUACUCUCUAAGUGAUUCUGAGGAUACUACUACACCGCCACAUCAGCUGGUUGAAUCCCCUCACAAUGCUUCUACUUCGAAGAAAUCUAUUUGCAAGAGUAAGCCAAGGAAACAACAAGCUGAAUCUCCAAACAGUACUAGUGACUAUGAUGUCAAGCAACAAGGAAUCCAUGAAGAGGAUAGUGACGACGAAUACACUGACUCCAAGUACUACUACUCGAGGACUGCCAAUCGACUGAGCAAUGACGAAAAAAGGAAAAUAAUCAGUUUGGCUUCAAUCCCACCGGACAAUCCUGCGUUUAUUACUGUCCUGCGGAUGGGCAAUGUUCGCUCUAGGAACAACUUUCUGACCAUUCCCAGCCAAUUUGCUGCUGAUCAUCUUGAGGAGAGAUCACAGGAGAUCAUACUUCGUAGGCCAAACAGGAAAGACAAGUGGUAUGUCAGGUACUAUUACACGACAGCCAUCCGAAGCCUCAAAGGCUACCAUUUAUCCAAGUUUGUGCGCGAAAGCAAGCUUCGCGAGGGUGACAUCUGUGUCUUCGAGCUCAUCAAAGGCAAAAGGAGGGUUACUAUGAGCGUUCAUGUCAUCAAGAAGGUUAACGACCGGUUUGUUCUGGUAGCAUAA